AGCUUUUGGGCGCAGUUUGGCGCAGUUUGGCGGAAGGGUUGGCCUGCACGAACAGCCUUCAAAGUCAGGCGCCAUGGUUGACUGGACCCGCUUGGGCGGACUCCCAGGUGGCCAGGUCUUCGGUGGCGUUGAGACCUGGGUGGACCGAAGCAAGCCAGCAGGCUGCACCAGCCAGGUGCAGCAGCUGGGGCUUGAAAACACCCUGAGGCAGAUUGUGACCUUCAAGUACUUCUUCUAUUCCCCCAACCUGGUCUGGUGCAUCCUGGCCAUGGCAGUGUAUGUUGCGGCCCCCUACGACAUUUCGGCCGCCACGAGUUGGUCGUGGAGUUGGGUCCUGCCUAGACUCUGCCUAAACUUUGCGGUCGCUCUGGCCUACUACGGCUUCUUCUACUUUGGCCUUUAUGUGAGUCACUGGUCCAGCAGAAAGUUUGCGCCCGACAGGUUCCCCACCAGCGGCAACAUGGCCCACAACCUCUACUACUGGUCCUUAGGCAUCUUGCAAUGGACUCUGCUGGAGGCUCUGAUGAUGCGCUUGUGGGCCACCGGGAAAGUGCCUUACGUCACUGCCGCAGACAUUAUCUCCAAGCCUGUCCUCCUUUGCUUAAAUGUAUUCUGGGUGCUAGCCAUGCCGGUCUGGCGGGACCUGCACUUCUACAUCGCUCACCGCUUCAUCCAUAUCCGGGCCGUCUAUAAGUACGUGCACAGCCUUCACCACCGAAACUCAGACCCCGAGCCAUUCUCGGGGCUCACCAUGCAUCCCAUUGAGCAUUUGUACUACUACUCCAACGCCUUCUUCCCCGCGCUCUACUUGUCGGGGCUCAGCCCCUUCUUGUUCUACUGGUGCUUCUUCCACUUGGCCAUUGCGCCUGCUUGCGGCCAUUCUGGCUUUGAGGACCACUUCCAGUCCGAUCAGUACCACUACUGUCAUCAUGCCAAGUUCGAGUGCAAUUAUGGCUCCCCGAUGAGUGGUUUCAUUGACCAGUGGUGCGGGACCUUCCGCGAAAAGCUGGGCGAAUCAAAGGAGUACAAGGGAGAAUUCAAGGAGGAGAGUAAAGGCAAAAGCAGCAAGAUCUGGGCUCCAGAAUCGUAUUUAGGGAUGCCCAAAGAUAUGUACCACGGCAUUUACACUGUCUUUUGGGCCUCUAUGGUGCCUUUAGUUGCUCUGGCCACCCAGCAUUCUGGGCAACUCUUGGGCUUCUCUAUAGCACAGCUGACGGCUGGCACAGUGGCCUUUGGACCGGUACUGCUGGCCCUGGCUCUCUGCCAUCUUUCGGGGGACAAGUUGAGCUGGAGGUGGCCUUUUCAGAAGGAGCGGCUCCUGGGGCAGUUCGGACUCUUCCUGACUUUGGGCUACUUGGCCUGCCUGCUUCCCAUCUACCAUGCGGUGUCCUGGUCUGUUGCGGCCGGGCUUUGAGCCGGAUUCCAAGCUCAUUUUAGGAAAGCUGGCGUUUGGCUCGCUCCUGCUGCCGUAUGGAUAGGAAGUGUCGCAAGAUGUCUUGCCCUCAGUGCGAAAGAUAUUCGG